AUGUCGUCCCAAAUUUUUCAGUCGGCCAGUGAAAUUUCCACAUAUUUUCGAUGUGAUAAUUGUUGUAUGAUCUUGAAUAAAGUUAGUUGGAAGCAAUGCAGAGUAUGUCACGGGUUUGACUUAUGUGAAAAAUGUGCAAAUAUUGGCUAUGAUAAAUUAACACGUGAAGCUUUUAAUCAGCACCAAAGACUCCACCCGGAUCUUCCCAGUGAUGCAUCAAUUGUCAAUGAUUUGAUGCAAUUGGUGUUGAUCGAAGAAGCUGUAAAAAAUGAUGUUGAAGCUCGUCGAAAAAGAGGAGAACAGAUUUUGACGAGAGUUUUAAAGGACGAAGAAAUUCAAGAUGAUUAUGAUAUGGCUGCUUUAAUGGAACAUUUAAAAAAACAGGACGAGUUAUCUCUGUUCUCUAAAGAUGAUAAAGUAUCUCAAUUGAAUUCGAUCAUCUUAAAAUACAACUUAAAAGCAAGUCAACGACGUAUCCGUGUACUCAGCUUAGAUGGAGGAGGUGUACGUGGUUACAUGCCUAUUAAAAUUAUUGGUGAACUUAUUCAACAAAAAUAUAACACGAUUCCAAAACCAUUUGAUGCUAACAACUCAAAUCACAAGCAAUUAUUUCAUGAAGCACAAUUGGAGUUCACUAAAAAUUUUGACUAUUUUGUUGGUACCAGCACAGGCGGUCUCGUUGCGUUUUGUUUGGCUAUCAAUUACAAUAUAUUGGAUAUGCAAGAAAUCUACUCAAACGCUAGUCAUUAUUUCAAGAAGAAUUUUUUUGGGCCGGUUAUAACCUCCAAAUAUGAUCCUAUUCGUAUCCAUACUAAAAUCGAAGAGAUUAUUGAUUCAAUUCACUUUCCUGUUGAGAAAAAGUUAACACAUGAAAAUGCUACUUUACUCGAUAUACGUAAUUUAUUGAAUCCUGAUAAUAUCAUUGAUGAUGCAUGUAUUGAAGCAGCACGUAUGAAGUAUGGGGAUUUACUAGAAUUUACUGAUAUAAUCAACAGUAAAAACGAAGGUGCCCAUACUACUCAAGGGGGCAUCUUUCAACAAGCAAAAUGUGAAAAAGUGCUACUUAUAACAUCCUACAACACAACACAAAACACCGUUACUAUGUUUAAUACAAGUUAUGCUCAACAUUGGGGAUAUCGUAUCGCGGAUGUUUUAAAAUCCACAAUGGCUGCUCCGACUUACUUUCCGCCACAUCCAAUAUAUACAACAAUCAAUGGUAAAGAGGAAUCUUCGCCACAAAGCACACCUGAAUUAUUUAUUGAUGGUGGUGUAUUUGCCAAUGAUCCCGAAUUAGCAGCACUAUGGGCUGUACGAAUUCAAUGGAAAAAACCAAUCAACUAUCAUUUACUUUCGAUAGGAACAGGUUGUUAUACCUCGACAUUAUCCUCAUCGACUUGGGGAGGAUAUAUUGGAUGGGUACUCAACGGAGGAAUUCUAGUUAACACACUCAUGGACGCUACCCGUAGUUUCACGGAAAGAAUCGGAAGUAACUUAGCCAAUCUUAGCAAUUUAAGACGAAUGAAAUUAAAUUAUAAAAUAACACAGCCUAUGGCAUUAGAUGAUACAAAAUUUGCGGAAAAGUUUGAUAAAGAAUGGGAAUAUUUGAAAAAUGAACAAGACUUUAAAGCUCUUAUUUACUUCUAUGAUAACUACAUUAAAAAAGAUCAUGCCGACGAUAAGAACGAUAAAAAGAACAAUUGA